ACCCCGACCCAAAGCCGAAAGGAAGAAGCUACUUCUCGUGGCGCGCACAGUUUAGCCGUCGGAGCCACACUUCAUUUGGGUUUCAAAUGUUGCCGGGUGCGGUGCGGAUUGGCACCAGGUUUGAUUCGCGCGCGCUCUAACGACCUCACUUGCGCGACGGAAUCGAAAACGAAUGUUUGUUUUUGUCUGACACGACACACGUGUGUGAAGUAAAUCCGCGCAGAUUGCGCAGCCAGUAGUCAGUAGAGUCACUGUGCAGUGAGGAGCGGUACGUGUCGUGUCGGCUUUACUAGGUGAUUGGUUCGAUUAGUGGUGAUGAGCAUGUGGUUUGUUGGCGCUACCGAAAUUUGAAGAGGUUGGAUACUUAAUUAUGUUUCGGAGGCGAUGGCGAUGAAGAUGUGAUUGAAGGAGUUUGUGUCAAAUGCAAUUAAGAUGGUGUUUUUCGGUAUUGGAAAGUUAACGAACUACCACCGAUUUUGUAAUAGUGAUGAAGGAUUGUAAAAUGACAGAAAUGAAAAGUGAAGACGAAGAUGCUCAAUUACACAUGAGUAAUAAUGAAUAGUGUACGUCAAAUAAUUGAAUAAUGCUGAUCUAUUUAUGGAAUGAAUGUACAUAGCCAUGGAAAAGACAAGGAGUUCUAUGCAUAUGAAAAAACCACUCGUAUCCCGUAAACACUUCGCCUUCCUGUUUGCGAUCGUCAUUGCGUGCAUGUUCACCGUUCUCUCGUUUCUUCAGACGAACUAUGCCGGAGUGCAGUUCCGCUAUGGAUCUACCGACGACGAUCAUCUUCUGAUACAUCCAAUCAAUCUAACAGACAGCGUACGCGUUCUAUGCUGGAUCAUGACCACUCCGGCCAAUCACGAAACUAAAGCAUUGCAUGUCAAACAAACGUGGGGUCGCCGCUGCAACAAACUGCUGCUGAUGAGCUCCACCGAGGAUGCGAAGGUGGGGACGAUUGCUCUGGCUGGGGUCGGCGAAGGAAGGCAAUCGUUGUGGAACAAAACGAGAGAAGCGUUCCGGUACGUGUACGAACAGCACCUGAACGAGUACGAUUGGUUCUUGAAGGCCGACGACGAUACAUAUGUUAUCAUGGAAAAUUUGAGGUUUUUCCUAUAUCCGUAUUCUCCGGAGUUUCCGAUAUUUUUCGGAAGCAAAUUUCGUUACCCUGAAUUAGUCAGUCAAGGAUACUUCUCUGGUGGGGCAGGGUAUGUUCUCAGUAGAGAAGCACUGAAACGAUUUGCAGAGCAAGCGUUGAACAAUACUGAAACGUGUUCCACAGCCUACGACACGGAGGAUCUGGAGAUGGGACGCUGCAUGGAAAGCGUUAACGUGACCGCUGGCGAUUCACGUGACCUAAUGGGACGAAAACGCUUCCUUCCAAUGGAGCCCCUGUUCCAUCUGACAACUAAUCCAGCGGAGGAUCCAAACUUUUGGUACAAACACUACUCGUUCUACGAACCGUUCUACGGGAGAAAUUGCUGCUCCGAUCUUGCCAUCAGCUUUCACUACAUUCAAGGUCUGCAGAUGUACGUGAUGGACUACCUAAUAUACUCACUGCACCCGUACGGUGUGCACUAUAGAAAUCCUGCCCUUCCGCCAAAGAAAUCCCUUGACGAUGCGUUGGUCGUUCCUGGUCCCUAUCCGUUGCCGAGUACCACGUCCACAACUACGACGACGACGACGACGACGACAACCACUGAGGCAACGUCAACCGCUGCAGUCAGUGAAGUCGAUGUACAGUACGAAAGUAGUGAUACAACGGAUAUUACUCAGGCGAUCGAUGCCCUUAAUGAUAUCAGUAUUCAUCAGUCCCAAAUAGAUCAUGUAGUUGAUCGAUUACUAGAGAAUAAUGUAUUUUUAGAGAAGAUGUUGGAAAAACUGAAAUCUCAUAAUAAAUCAAGUGAAUAAUUAUUUUCUUUCUUUUCUCUAUCAC